ACCCCUUUCAGAUGGUUCCAUGCAGUUUCGGCUGGUGUAAAACUUGAGUGAAAUGAUCGAACGCCGAGCUGCUCCUUCGGCGACAAGUUCCGUACAAGAACUGUAUACGCCCCGAGAGAGGCAUGGGAACGACCGAAGAUAUAAAAAGGAUGCUGAAACUGCUGCGAUUGUGGCUGCUGUACGAAAGGUGCAGUCGAUGGAGCAUCUGGAGUAUUCACAGAAGGCGGAUUCUGCUGUUGCGUACCGAUAUUAGCGUAGGCUGGUGGAAAAUGCCCAGAGGCUGAGAGACCAGCGGCCGUAGUGGAGGCAUAUGCUCCAGUAGUCCCAGUAACUGAUCCGGCAGAUGGUGCUGGUGAUGAACCAGUCAUAGUUGACGGUAGUCUUAAUUCCAGAUAGCUCUCAUACCAUGAAAUAAAUCGUCUGAUGUUGUAGUAGACUAAGUAUAAAACUAUAAACAAGAA